UGGGACAGAGUGUAAACUGCACCUGUCACACUGUAGCAUACUGAAGCAUACUGAGAAACACACUGGCAUUCACAUGAGCCACUGCAAGACGGUGAAUAGGACGACUACUGUAAGAGCUGCCAUGCUGAGAAGAGGCAGGAGCGGACGGGCUCGCCAUUCAGCCUGGAGUGAAACACGGAAAGAAACAGAUGACAUGGCAGUGAUCCAGAUGUCAGACAGAGGGGGGUUGGAAGGCCAGGUGACGACACAGAUCAGCAACAUGGAGCUUGAAGUGGAUUACCUGGAGAGUUCUCAGGCCAUGUCUGAGGUGGUGGCCUUGCCUGGUACAGAACCGGUGAUCGGGGAGUCUUUCUGCCAGUGUGACCGACAGGAAGAGCUCAGCCUGGGCCUCAGCGUCAGCGCUGACUGCUUCUGUGGGGAGGAGGAUCAGGGUUUUGACUGGGAGUGGGACGAGCGCUUCAAAUCAUCCGGAGCCUUCCUCAGCUGCGACAACAGGAAGGUGAGCUUUCACACAGACUACAGCUGCGGCACAGCGGCUAUCCGCGGCACCAAGGAGCUCGCAGAGGGACAACACUUCUGGGAAGUGAAGAUGACCUCUCCCGUCUAUGGAACUGAUAUGAUGGUGGGCAUCGGGACUUCAGAGGUGAACCUGGAGACGUUCAAAUUCAGCUUUGGCAGCCUGCUGGGAAAUGAUGAAGAUAGCUGGGGGCUCUCCUACACAGGUUUCCUCCAGCACAAAGGGGACAAAGUGAGGUUCUCCUCUCGGUUUGGCCAGGGCUCCAUCAUAGGAGUGCACCUCGACACCUGGCAUGGCACCCUGACUUUCUACAAGAACCGGCACUGCAUAGGUGUUGCUUCCACAAGGCUGCAGAACAAGAAGUUCUACCCCAUGGUUUGCUCCACGGCAGCUAAAAGCAGUAUGAAGGUGAUCCGUGCCUGCUACACCCCCACCUCCCUGCAGUACCUUUGCUGCACCCGGCUCCGCCAAAUAUUGCCCGACUGCCCGGACGUCCUCGGUGCUGUGGAUCUGCCCCCCGGCCUCCGCUCCCAGCUCCACCUGCAGCUCGGCUGGGUCUUCACGCUCAGCAGCAGCCCCGAAGCGUCGGAGCAGAACGAGGACUUGUUUGAUGAUUUCCAAGAAGAAAUUAGUCUGCCUUCCAGCCCCAUCCCGAGCCCAGUCUCCACCCUGAGUGCCUGCCCCUCCCCCAGCCCCUGCACCAGCCCCUUCCUCGACACGGUCCCCUACCAGUGCUCCUGCCCAACAUCACCUCAAACUCAGCCGUGCACUUGCCACUGCCCUCCCACUCCUCCCAGCAGCGAAUACGACAGCUGCUGCUCUGAACCUGAGGAUUACCAAAGCAAAAGAUGCCGCUGGACAUGACCCGUUAGCCAAAACG